UUAGUCCAUUUACAUUUUAGUUUUUGAUCUCAAAAUUUUUAUUAAAAUUUUCAAGAUUUUUAUUAAAAUUUUCAAGAUUUUUAUUAAAAAUGACACUAGAUAAACAAAGAAUAUUAAGUGAGUUGGGAAGUGUAGUAAAUCAAUUGCAGAGUGCGGAUUGUGGUUGUAUUGGAAAUUUAUUUGGAAAUUCUAACCAGAGCAAUAAUCAGACAAGCUAUAGUAAUAUGAACGGUCAUCAACCAUGUGGAGGUUGCGGACAUAGUUGUUGCUAUGGCAGUGGCCGCGGCCACGGGUAUGGUUAUAAUCUGAAAGCUGAAUCCGGUGAGCCGUAUUCUAAUCAACAACCGUAUGGUUAUCAACAGGCACCUGCCCACUGCAUGGGGCGAUGUAAUCCUGCUAAACUGUAUGCUGACACUUACGGUUAUCUAAACCAAAAUCUCAUGCAACCAACUGUAAAAGAGGUUUACGAUGAUUUAAAGAGUAUUACACCCGAUAAUACCAUAAUGAACUCACCCAUAGGUAAACAGUUUGGUUUAGCUGGAGCAGGGGUCACCUCACUAGGCAAAGGUAAUCAAAAUCUAAGUAACAAUAAUGGAAUAACUAAUUCACCAAUUAAUGGGACUGCGCAACCUUCCCAAAAUAUGCCUGGCAUGGGGCCUGAAAUUCUUCAAAUGGUCAAUAAAGUAUCGAAUAAUUACAAGCAAAACAUGUCAGCAUCUCAAGCUCCUCAUGUAGCUACAGAAAAUAUCCAAGAAGUACCGAAUGCAACUUUACAGCCCAAUGCUGUUUCUCAGAAUCCUGGUAAUUAUAUGAACCCACAAACAAUAUAUGCAUCUGGCAUUCCAGAUUCUUCACAGUACAUGAAACAGGCCUCGAUUACGCAGAGCCAAAUACCUGGGCAAAUGCCUUACACCGUGAAUGGAAACGAUACACAAAAUGGCAUGCAAAAUAUAAGUGGUAAUUCAGGGCAGCUAACACAAAAUAUUCAACCAAAUAAUCUCACACAGCAAAUGCGGUCACAACAACGACCAAUGUCUCAACAACCAUAUGGAAUGCACACGCAAGGAAUAAAUAAAUUUAAUGAAAUGUUCCCAGGAGUAACGCAAGGCUUGGGAGGUGACUUAGGUUUCGAUCCAAUGACAAUUGCUAUUCAAAUGAACCCUGCAAAUCAUCAACAACAAGCAUAUAAAAUGAUGCAUAAUUUAAUUGACAACCACUCAAAUGUCAAUAAGAAUAUGGCAUCAGCACCAUCCUAUGAUACUUCCCAACAAAAAAUGGAGCCAGAACGAAAUUUGAACCCACCAGCACUUCAUUCAAGUCAACUACAAGCACAACAGAUUCAACAAAAUCUACAACCUUUUAGCGAUACACAGAACGCGUCCAAUACAAAUCAAUACGCCCAACAUGUGCCAACCCAAUUACAACAUUUAACCACUACGACAUUGCCGCAACAUACUGAGCAAAUAUAUUAUAAUACCCAAUUACCUAAUAAGGAUCAAGCACAACUACUACAAGAAAAUAAGAUAUCAGAGAACAAUAAACCACUUUGGCAGAAUAAUUCGCAGCAGAGGGUUGACCCAAAUACAGGAGCCUCUCAUAUGACACCAAAUCUUCCGACACUAUAUGAAGGUUAUUCUACAAUACCUCAAGCAAGGCAAAAUAUGCAUCCGCAAAGUUUCCCGGUUCAACUCACCCAAAAUAAAGAACCUAUUUACCCUGUUGAUACAUCUAAACGUAUGGAAAGAAUUGAACGUAACGCUACAUACAAUACCUUGGGGCAGCCCGUAGAAAUGCUGCCAGCAGAUUUGUAUCACCAGCCAUUACCUAAUCUUCCACAAACCUUAUCUCCAGAUCCAAUUCAAAGAAAUAGAACAGAUGAGUCCAAAUUUAGUAAUGUUAAGUCUACCGUGAGUAAGACUUCUAUUAUGGGUGCAAAACAGAUUGGUAGAAAUCCAAGUAGAAACCAAUUGCAGCACAUUUAUAAUCAGUAUAGGGGCUCACAAUCUUUCACUCAACAAAAUGUGAAGCCGAUUCAGGAACAAGGAGCUACGCAAUCAACUGGACAAUUGAAUGUACCCCAAGUUCAAACACAGCACCAAAAUAGAAUACCGAUUGAAAAAGUCGGAGGCGAUUCUCCUGCUAAUGUCGUACAAGAUCAAUUGACAAACAAAGUUGAACAUGUUAUUGCACAGAUUGGAGAUGUUCCACAAAAUAAUAAAGUAGACACUUUGGCUGAAAAGGAUGUAGCAGUCAAUAACCGUAAAGUUCGGAAUGGACUUCAGGAUAUGGUGUUCACGUCUUAUCCGAUAUCCGCUGCUUGGACUUUUCACGGCGGAUCCGAAUCUCCGCGUAGACGCUUCUAGAUUUGUUUAUACAAUAUUGCAUGUGUUAUUUUAAUAUCGUUUGUUUUGCAGUAUCUAGUCCGACGUGUUAGUGAAAAUUUAAUGUGAUACUACUAGUGUUUGUCUUGAUGUUAAAAUAACAAAUUAUAUUAAAACAAAGUUACUUCAA